AUGUCAGACAGCCAGCUCUGCAGCGGGAUAGCCCAGCCGGGCAUGGAGACAUCAAUGACUCUGGAGCAGCACCUCACCGUGCUUCCGUUGCUCCCUGACAACCAGAAGUGGUUUGACCUUUCUGGGAGGACCACCUGGCAGCAGUGGUCUGCUCGGCACAGGCGUCCUUGGUGGGGAAGCCUUGGCAACGGUGUCCUCGGCAAUGGCCUCCUCGGCAACGGCCUCCUUGGCAAUAAAAGCCUUCUUGGAGAGAAAGGUCUGCUUGGCACAGGGCUGCUUGGAAAAGGAGGUCUCCUAGGCAAUGGCAGUCUGCUUGGUCUCGAUGGUCUUCUGGGUGAAGGAGGACUGCUGGGUGAUGGAGUCCCUCACAAGUCAACACACUUCGCCUGGUUGAAGGUGCUGAAUCUCGAGAACGUCCGAGUGUCGUGGCAGGUCCUUCGCGGGAGCGAGCUCGUGCUGAACCUGUACUCGAAGCUGGUGCUCCGCUUGCCAGGGAUUUUUCAGUUUCUGAGCGGAUCCUCGGUAGAAACAAACAUCACGUCACGUAUCGCGCUGACCCAGGACACCCCCGGUGACCUCAAGUUGGUGAUUAAGGACUGCAGCAACCUGCUCGUCGGCUUCAAUGUCAACCUGCGGAAGGGCUUCCUCACCAAUCUGGUGAGCAGUUUGCUGAACUCUUCUCUUCAGUCUCUCGUACCUGCAGUGCUUUGCCCAUUAGUGAAUAUUUGGGUCAGCAUCAUCAAUAUGAAGCUACAAUUCCUCAACCGUGUCGUCUCCUUUGGGCUCCUGGGGAAACUCCACUCUGCCCUCUCCAAUUUCCCAGUGACGUCUGGGCAGUUCAUAGAUAUAGAUUUGCAGAAUUCCCCGUUCCCAAGCGUCUUCAUCGACUGGCUCUUUCAGACCACAGGCAUCAAUCCCGGGAACAUUCUGUAGCUGCGGGGCCGGCAGCGCCAUGGGGUGCCCCCACGGGCGAUUCCCACCGCUGUGCCCCGAGGAGGAUGAGGGAAGGGAGGAAGAUGACUCGAUACACGGAGAAUAGACAUGAAAACGGAGAAACCCAACCAAGAAAAUACACUAUUUCUUCUGCGUUACAUUUCAGCCUUAUCAGCCUUUGGUGUCUCUGUCCAGCCCAGGGUUAGCUGUGCCGAUGGUUAGCCAUACCGAUGGUUAGCCAUGCCGAUGGCUAGCUGUGCCGAUGGUUAGCCAUGCUGAUGGUUAGCCAUGCCGAUGGCUAGCUGUGCCGAUGGUUAGCCAUGCUGAUGGUUAGCCAUGCCGAUGGCUAGCUGUGCCGAUGGUUAGUCAUGCUGAUGGUUAGCCAUGCCGAUGGCUAGCUGUGCCGAUGAUUAGCCAUGUCGAUGGCUAGCUGUGCCAAUGGUUAGUUGUGCCGAUGGUUAGCCAUGCCAAUGGCGCUGCUGGCAGCGGGGCCAGAGGCAGGAGCCCCGGGUCACACCCGCGUGCCCUCCUGGCUGUCACGCCAUAAGCCACUCGUCACGGCAAUCACUGACAAAGGCACUGCCCUGACCCCCCAAGCCUUCCUCACGCACACCCAUGUUUCGCCUGGACCGGGGCUGUGGUUUGGGCAGGUAAUUGCUCGGCACAGAGACUUUCCUCGUGCUGGACCAAGACAGCCUGGCUGGCAGCGGCAAUUUGGUCCCCGUGCGGCCGCCCCACGGGAAUUUUGUGACUUCGCACCAACUGCACCAAACUGCCGUGAAGGGAAGAGAGAAAAGGGACAAACGCUGAUGAAAUGUAAAUGCUCUGUCUUUGCUCUCCUUCUGCUUCUUGAUUAGUUUACCAUUUCAAAAGGAAAUUUUGCUGUUUCCAGUGAUUUCAUACUGUUAAAAAGAAGGCAAAAAAGGCCUACAGUCUAAUCCAGAUGGGUACUUAGCUGAUUUGUUCCCGAACAGUUAUGCUUUGAACUGAUCAGAGUAAAUGCUAUCCUGUCUUGUAAUCUCCAAGUGGAUUUGGACGUGUUGCAUUGUGGGUGAGGCGGAUUCACGCCCCUUCUGUUACUCCUUACAAUAAAAAAGGGUUUUUCUUCAUCUGCA